AUGAGUUACCCACCGCAACAAGGAGGAUUACCUUAUGAUGGUCAAAAUGAACUACGCAGCUAUACAGCGUCUUGGCUCGGCACCAGUUCAAAGUGUCACAUUGAACUGGAGUACUAUUUGGCUAUUCAUGAUUUGUGUUGGAGUCGGAUUGGUCUUGAGUGCAAGUUAUUUGGCACUAGCACAAAAGUAUUUAACAUCACCAUUCGUCCUUAUAACGAGGUUGAGUUUGGUCUAAUAGUGCAAGCAUUAUUUACGAUUUGGUGGAUUUUUACAAUUACCGCUGCCUAUCAAGUCUGGUACCCGGCUGCUUGCAAGCAACGUCCGGCAGGCAAUAUGCCCGCAUCCAGUGCAAGAUGUGAUAACAGUCGAUUUGUGGUCAUUGUGAUCUUCUUGUUAUUCACAUAUUAUUGGGUUUCUCAGACCAUCUUUACAUGGGUUCACGUCACAACCUCGGGGGUUUUUGCUAGUUACUAUUUUCUCGAAGGGACUGAACAAGGUGUUCCUCCCUCACCGAUCAUUCAAAGCGCAAAACGUGCAUCAACAACAAGUCUCGGUAGUGUUUGUCUAGGUAGUCUAUUAGUUGCAUUAUUGCAAACGAUUCGUGCUCUUUUAAGAAUGGCGGCACAAGAAACCGAUAAUCCAUUCGGUGCCUUUUGUGCUGCUUGCGCGGAAGUGAUUAUUGGAUGUAUCGAAGGGUUGUUGCAAUACUUCAAUUUUUACGCUUACACGCAAGUCGCAAUUUACGGAAAGUCAUUCUGGCAAGCGGCCAAGGAUACUUGGGAGCUUAUUAAAGACCGCGGCGUAGAAGCUAUUAUUAACGAUAAUCUUAUUGGAAAUGUGGUCUUGAUUGGUUCAAUUCUCGUCGGAAUGCUUACGGCGUUGUUUGGAUAUCUUUAUACAAUAAUUAUCCAUCCAAGCUUCAAUCGAGAUGGUGGAUUCACUGCAUUGAUAAUAGUGUUGUCAUUCAUAAUCGGAUUCCAAAUGUUGUCGGUUAUCGGAUCAGUAAUACUUAGCGGCACGGCGACAACUUUUGUAUGUUUGGCCGAGGAUCCACGUGCAUUGGAACGAACCAAGCUAAACUUAUAUCGUGCCGUACAUAAUAGAGACUUACCCGAAUUUUGCACGGGGAUUACAUGUAUAACACUGGUUUGA